UGCGUUUCUCUAAUGACGUCAUAGGUGUUACGUCAUUCUGGGCACGAAACAGCUGCUGCUUCUUUAGGGCACGAUUUUCGGGGGAAACCAUGGCUGGAAAUAGAUUAAAAAUUCUCUGCUUGCAUGGCUAUGGUCAAAAUGCAGAUGUUUUUCAAGAAAAAUUAGGUGGCUUUCGAAGGUUUGUCAAACACCUUGCGAAUUUUAGCUUUCUGUCGGCUCCUCACCCCUUGGAUUCUCCCAUUAAUGCAGGAAACGUCGAGGAACGAGCUUGGUGGCUGAAAAAGGACGAGAAAGAGACGAUAAUCUACCGCGGAUUUGAAGAGAGCGUGUUAGCCAUAGAGAGACACGUGCAAAGUUGUGGCCCCUUUGAUGGUAUUCUGGGGUUCUCGCAGGGAGCGACAAUGGUAGGGUUGCUGUGCGGGUUGCAACAACAGAAGAAACUCAAUUUUGACUUCAAAUUUGCAAUUUUGUUUGCUGGCUUCUGCAGUCGUAGUCAAGCUCAUCAGGAAAUAUAUAAAGAACAGAUUACUCUUCCUUCUCUUCAUGUAAUUGGCGAAACAGACCAAAUCAUUCCUAUAGAGGAAGGAGAGAAACUGACACGACCCUUCCUCAACCCCACCAUUCUCCGCCAUAAAGGGGGACAUCAUGUACCAUCAUCUGGGGCACAGAAGGAUCUCUACAGGGACUCCUACAGGCAGUUUCUGGAGUCAUUUACUUGUAAUGAAAAUGUUGAUGAUGAGUUAGAUUUAUAAGAUCAAGAGGAUGGUUUAGUAACCACUGUACAAUUUAAAAGAUUUAUAUCAAGAGAUUGUAUUUCAAUUUCUCUCAGGAAAGACUAGAAUUUAAAACUUUGUAUAAAACUUUGGGAAAAGUAUCUCAUGACACAGCAUUUAGUUAAGCAAUGGUAUAUACUGGUGGAUAUGUCUGUAUAUUUUGGUCAUGGAUUUUGAAUUGGUAAGUGUCAAUUGUCAAUUAUUAUUUCAGUAUAUAUAUAUUUCUAUCUAUUUGUAUAUAUGCUGGUUAUUCCAUACAAAUCAAACUGAUUUUCAAUUUCUUAUUCAUAAAUUUCUAAACAUUCAUAUAUAUUUCUUUGAGAAUACCAAAUUUACUUGAUCAGAAUCACCUUUGGUAAUAUAUCUGUACAUUUCCUAUAACUAGGAUACAAAUAUUUCAGUAAUUUUUAAAACUAAAUUUCACUUUGGUUUUCAUCAGACUUCUUGUCAUUAAAUACUUUGUUGUUUAUUAGCUUUUAAAAAGUUGCUGAUAAUUAUGUUUUUAUCGCUUCCUAUUUUUAACAUUAAGUAGGGGGGGGUAUGCAUGAGGAUAAAUAUAAAUGAGUUCUUGGGAAGAAACAGUAUGCAAAAGAGUUUUAUAUAAUUUAUGAAAUACUGUACACAGUCAAUAUUCAAAUCUGAAUACAGGAUAACAGGUUGGUUACUGUUUUCUGUUUUCUGGGUUGUUUUUAGAGGAAAAAAGAGAAAUGAGUGAAAAGAGGGAGAUAGAUAUAGUU